UGAAAGGAGCCGCGCAUGCGCCGCGUGCCUCUGUGGCGUAGGACCCGGUCCGCUCCCCACUCGUCGCAAGGCGGGGUUUCGUGCAGUCCGAGCGGGUCCGCUGUGGACAUGGCUGCUCGCUGCACCGAGACUGUGCUGGCCGCUCUGGGGCUGCUCAGUGUCUGUGCAGCCAGCAGCUCCGGGUCCGGGGCUUUGGGAAAGGAGGGUGGGGAAGCGGAGUGGGCGGAGCCGUGGGACGGCGCGGUUUUCCGGCCUCCAGCUCCGCUAGGCGCCGUAGGGGUGGUUCGCGGGCCAGAGUCCCCGACGCCAGGGAGCACGGAGACGGCGGACCUACCGGUGCUGCUGUGGUGGAGCCCAGGCCUGUUUCCACACUUCCCGGGCGACUCGGAGCGCAUAGAGUGUGCGCUCGGCGCGUGCGUGGCGUCCCGGGACCGACGGGCGCGCGCCGACCCGCGGACGCGCGCACUGCUCUUCUAUGGCACGGACUUCCGUGCAGCCGACGCGCCAUUGCCGCGCCUGGCUCACCAGAGCUGGGCGCUCCUGCAUGAGGAGUCGCCUCUCAACAACUUUCUGCUGAGCCACGGCCCUGGCAUUCGCCUCUUCAACCUCACGGCCACCUUCAGCCGCCACUCGGACUACCCACUGCCACUGCAGUGGUUGCCCGGGGCCACCUAUUUGCUCCAGCCUGCGCCUCCGCUCCGGGAACGCGCCGAGUGGCGUCGCCGCGGGUACGCGCCGCUGCUCUACUUGCAGUCCCACUGUGAUGUGCCGGCGGACCGGGACCGCUACGUACGAGAGCUCAUGCGCUACAUCCCGGUGGAUUCCUAUGGUAAGUGCCUUCAGAACCGCGAGCUGCCCACUGUGCGGUUACAGGACACAGCCACGGCCACCACCGAGGAUCCAGAACUCUUGGCCUUUUUGUCCCGCUAUAAGUUCCACUUGGCCCUGGAAAACGCCAUCUGCAAUGAUUACAUGACGGAAAAACUGUGGCGCCCCAUGCAUCUGGGUGCUGUGCCUGUGUAUCGUGGUUCACCCUCUGUGAGGGACUGGAUGCCCAAUAACCACUCCAUCAUCCUAAUUGAUGACUUUGAGUCCCCUCAAAAGCUGGCAGAAUUUAUUGACUUUCUGGACAAGAAUGAUGAAGAGUAUAUGAAAUACUUGGCAUAUAAGCAACCAGGGGGCAUCACCAAUCAGUUUCUUCUGGAUAGCCUGGAGCACAGGGAGUGGGGAGUGAACGAUCCUAUGUCACCUAACUACCUCAAUGGCUUUGAGUGUUUCGUCUGUGACCAUGAACUGGCUCGGCUGGAAGCUGAGAAGGCACAUGCAUCCUCUCCUGGGGACAUUCCUGUCCCCGAGCCUCACAUUGCCCAGCCCUCACACAUGAACUGUCCAAUGCCUACUCCUGGCUUUGGCAAAGUCGAAGAGAUUCCUGAGAAUGACAGCUGGAAGGAAAUGUGGCUACAAGAUUAUUGGCAAGGUCUCUAUCAGGGGGAAGCUCUCACUGCCAUGAUCCACAACAAUGAAACACAGCAGAGGAAAUUUUGGGAUUAUGUACAUCAGAUCUUCAUGAAGAGGAAUAAACAUCUCUAACUGCCCUUGCUUGGAAGACAUAUGGAGACUGUUUUAUCAUGGCACCUAAGGCACAUCCACUAUGGCCUUUAUUGAAUAUUUUCUAUAUUUCUUGAUGCAUUCACUGAUUCUCCUGCCCUGUACUGGAGAUAGAAGCUGAGGCUUUGAGAAUGCUAGGCAAGUACUGCAAGCCUUCUCCGCUGUACCUGAAUGAUAUGCAGCAGUGUCCCAGCCUGUGGUAAUAGAGCUUCUUUCUCCUUAAGGGAAGGCAGAAGCCAGAAGCACCAUUUGACUCAAGUGUGCUUCACAUGUCUGUAGUCAUUUCAUCAUUUCAAAUAUGAACAGGGUAGGUCAGGAGGCUAUGAUCUAACAGGUCUGUUAUUUAGUACCUUUCUCAAUUA